UGGUGAUAGACGUGCAGGAAGCUGACCUGAUUAAACUUCUUCCUCAUGAUGAAGAACACUGUGUCCAGAAACUCCACACCUUUAGAGAUGUAGUACCACCACAGUGCUGACGCUAUCUGCAGAAACACCACAAAUAUCUGUAUAUUGGUAGCAGGAGCCAUGAGAAUAGAGGUGUGGCCUACAGGUGGGGAGACGCCUGACCUCAUCUCUGUCCUCACGUCACCAGGGAAACCAAGCUUGCCAAUGAGGGUGAUGAUGCAUGCCAAGACAACAGCAUGAGGGAACUCUAACCGACGUCAGUGAAAGCGAAUCCAGAUAAUGCACCAAAAUGUGAACCCAACAACAGUGACAGAUGUGUACGUGUUACUGAGUGUCACUAUUUUACAUCAGCAAAUUGCAGCUAAACCAUAUUCCACACCUGAGUGCCAGCGGCUCACAGGUGUUCGCUUAGCAGCGGUUGGUCUGUGAUCAUUCACAGCGGGACGCGGCGCUGCAGGAGCAGAUGUGCAGUGUUUGAGAGGAGCAGGAGCAGCAGGAGGUGAUGAAGGAGUUCAGACUCACCUCACACAUCAUCUCACCUGUGUGUGACGCUGACAACUGAACAACAGCAGUGCAACACAACACUUUACCAAACAAAACACUCCACAGACUCAGAUGCUGAAGGGCUGCGGGUCAUGACUGACACAUGGAAAUGGAAAGAACCCCUGGAUGGCACAAGGGAAGAAAAGGAACACAGACUGUUUGGACCAUUCACUGCAGAGGAUCCAUUGGUGAGCAAGUGAUGGAAUGCUGAACUUCUCCAAAUCUGUUCCCAUGAAGAAACAAACUCAUCUACAUCUUGGAUGACCUGAAGUUUCACGGUGCUACGCAAACUAAAGCUCAAUGGCGCUCUUCACGAGCGAAAUAAAGAAAGAAGCACCCGUCAGAAACUCUCUGUGUCUCGUUUAUGGAUGCCAAAGGGCAGCUACAGUGAAACUUGUCGCUUAAAGGAACCAUGCAUCUACUACAUGGAUGCCGUCGUCUUCGCGAGAACACAACGUUACAGCACGGCCAUUUCUUCGUGAGCAAGCGGCUGGGGGUCGUGACGUCAUCGUAGAAGCUUAAAGAGCAAGGACGGAAGGUGGCGGUGUACUGCCGUUCUAAGUUGCAGAUGCAGAGUGAGACUUUGAGUGACAAGAGAGUUUAAGAAGAUCAUAUUUCUACGUAAGCUGCAUUCAGUUAUCCUGAACUCUGUAAGUUUAAAUGCUCAAAAGAAAAAUGAAUAUUUCAUGGACAUUUGAAUUGAAAGGUUAAAAGUUAUAAAGGACUUGAAGUUGAAGAAAAUAAUCUAUUGCAUGGUUUAAAAACUGAAGUACAUAAUUUUGAGUAAAAUUUGAACAUUACUUGAAGAAACUUGUAUCUAUUGAGCAUUCAAAGAGUUACAUUCAGUGCUAAUUUUAACUAUACUUUGAUGAAAUCUGAAAUUGUUUGGUGAUUUCUAUUACAAGCUUAUCCUUGAAUGUUAUAUACAUUUACUGCUGUUUGUAUUUGCAUUGAUCCUGCUUUCUAAUAUCUCUUGGGUGCUUACGUACUAGAGGUCUGAUGAGAGUGGUAUCACUUGCUGCUGAAUUUCCUCCCUGACUAUGGAAGCUGUAAAUGCAGAGGAGGCUAUGGAAGAUACUGUUGAGCACAUAGUCGAACAGGUAAAUGAGAUGUCACUCCCAGCAGUAGAAAUAAGCAACCCACUCGUGCAGCAGAUCAGAUCAAGCUCGCGUGAAAGAAGCUGGACAAAAAAGGGUCUAGAGAUGCGUGAACAGGAAGCCAAGAAGCAAGAGAAAGCAUUCUAUAAGGCUUAUAACUCCUGGAAGGAGACCGCAAAAGAGACUAGAUCAAGACUGAAAAUGUUCUGUUCACGUGAGAAUCUUGAAAAAAUACAGCAAGACAUUCAAAGCCAACAUAAUUCAGUUUAUCAGCACUAUGAACCAAUACUGCGUAACCAUGCUACUUCUCCAGACAUCGUCAAUCGUAUGGACGCUUGUGCUGCACUGACUGCUGAGAUUAGUGAUCUUGUGAGUAAACGGCUGGAGACAAUAGAUGAAGAGUACAAUGAAGAGCUUGUGAAGGAAAGAGUGAGACAAGUGCUAAAUAAAAAUGAGUAUGGAUCCAUCUUUGGAUGCACAAUAACAAACACAGUCAUUUCAGAGUCCUCACAGGGAUCCGGUAAUCAGUCAAAGACUUCUUCCAAGAUCUCAAGUAAACGAGCUGAUGCAGAGGCAGAUCUUGCAGCCAAACGAGAACAAGCUAAAGCAAUGCAAGAAAUCCAUGAUCAGCAAGCAAAGCUUGAUAAGAUGGAGAGUGAUUGGAAACUUUGUGAAACUAAAAUGCUAGCAGAAAUAAAGCAAAAGGAGAUUGAAACGCAACUAAGGCUAGAAGAGGAAAGAAACCGGUUACAUCAGUUGCAAGUAGACAAAGAAGUAAAAGUAGCAGCAGCUCGUGUCAAGGUGUAUAACGAUCUUGAAGGCAUCAUUCAAUGUGGUGAUGAAGAAAUAGACUCUAGUACUCACAUUGGCUGUCAAAGGAAAGAGCCCACAUCUCGAUUAAACCCAGAAGCUGAAUUGUUCCUACCUCAGCAAGCAUUCUGUGAUCAGCAUGAAGCCCAGCCAUCUCAGGAUAAUGUUGCUCUAGCUCAAGCAAUAGCAGACUCGCUAAGCACACAUCGACUGCCUGUUCCUGAACCCACCAUCUUUGCUGGAGAUCCCUUGAAAUUCAUAGAUUGGAAAAUGUCCUUUAUGGCCCUUAUUGAUCGAAAGCCCCUCCCACCUGGUGAGAAGAUGUUCUAUCUUAAGAAUUACCUUGUUGGAGAAGCUCGCAAAGCGGUGGAGGGUUAUUUUUACAGAAAUUCAGAGGACGCAUACCAAGGUGCUUGGAAGGUCUUGCAAGAUAGAUACGGGAAUCCAUUCAUACUGCAAAGAGCUUUUCGAGACAAGCUGAUGAGAUGGCCAAAAAUCGGGGUAAAUGACCCUCUCGCUCUACAAGACUUCACAGACUUCCUACAAGGAUGUGUCAAGGCGAUUCCUCAUGUUAAAGGACUAGCCAUUCUAAAUGACUGUGAAGAAAACCACAAGUUACUAAAGAAACUUCCUGAAUGGAUUGUGCGUAAGUGGAAUCGAAUUGUGGUGGAAGAGCUAGACACAUCAGGUGAUUAUCCAAGUUUCAAGCGCUUUACAGAUUUCAUGCAAAAGGAAGCCAGAAUAGCAUGUAACCCCAUCACGUCCCCAGUCUUCAUGAAUCUGAAAGGUUCAGAUGAAAGGUUUCCCAAGCGAGCUAAGGCUCUCAGUACAAAGACUGACGCAAAAGAUUUCAGCUCUAAAAGAUUUGAAACAUCCAACUCUAAGCCAAAGGUAUCAUGCUUUGUCUGUAAAGAUGGAAAACACAGCAUUUCUCAAUGUCCUACAUUUGCAGAAAGAACCAUUGAAGACAAGAAGACCUUCAUUCAAGAAAAUCACCUCUGCUUCGGGUGUCUCAAGAAAGGGCAUAUUGUUAAAGAUUGCAAGAGACGAUCAAAUGUGGAACGUGUGGCCGAAGUCACCCUACCUGCUUGCAUGAAGAAAGAGAUAAAGCGCCUUUAA